CCUCUCUUCUCAAAACACCUCCUUUUACACAAAAAGUGUCCAUUCAUCAUUUUAGCUCUUCGGUCGGAUUUUCAAGGCGAGACCGGAAGUGCGUUCAGUGGUCUGUCAUCACGCAGAGGAAAGCAGUCAGCGCUGAGGUCAUCUGCUUCAAGGCUUUUUUGGUGAUCUUCACAGAACCCGAUAGGAUGUCUGGAGAUCUGCCUCUAAAUAUCAACAUCAAGGAACCACGAUGGGACCAGGGCACGUUUAUGGGCCGAGCUCAGCACUUCUUCAUGGUGACGGACCCCAGAAACGUGCUGCUGUCCAGUGAGGUUUUAGAGGACGCCAGAGUUACUGUGGAGAACUACAGGUUGGGAAUCUUGAAGCCUGGUCUAACAGAAGAUGAACUAUGGAGGGCCAAAUACAUCUACGACUCUGCUUUUCACCCCGACACGGGAGAGAAAAUGCUGCUAGUUGGACGCAUGUCUGCACAAGUGCCCAUGAACAUGACCAUUACGGGUUGCAUGCUUACCUUUUACAGGACAACCCCAGCAGUGGUGUUCUGGCAGUGGGUAAACCAGUCCUUCAACGCCGUUGUCAACUACACUAACCGCAGCGGAGACGCGCCAAUCACCGUGAAUCAGCUUGGGGCAGCCUACGUUAGUGCUACUACUGGAGCUGUAGUAACAGCCCUCGGACUAAAGUCUCUGACCAAGCACUUGCCAGCUAUUAUGGGGCGUUUUGUUCCAUUUGCUGCAGUGGCCGCAGCAAACUGUAUCAACAUACCCUUCAUGAGACAAAGAGAGCUGAAGUACGGGAUCCCUGUUACUGAUGCUGAGGGAAAACGUCUCGGAGAAUCAAGUACGGCUGCUAAGCAAGCCAUCGUACAGGUGGUGGUGUCUCGUAUCGGCAUGGCAGUGCCAGCCAUGGCUAUUCCUCCAGUUAUCAUGAAUGCUUUAGAGAAGAAGGCCUUCAUGAAGCGGUUCCCGGUUCUCAAUGCCCCCGUACAAGUUGGACUGGUUGGAUUUUGUCUGGUAUUUGCCACUCCUCUGUGCUGUGCUCUCUUCCCACAGAAGAGUUCUAUGAAGGUGAGCAGCCUGGAGCCGGAGCUUCAAGAGAGUAUACGACAAAGCAAUCCCAACAUCACUACUGUUUAUUUUAACAAGGGUCUGUAAGAGACCUAGGUUGCAGCCCAUCUUGACGUCCUCCACUGCACCGGAGGUUAGUGGGCACAGCUUGAAGGGUAGAACAUAUUUAUUUUUGUUUUGCUGUUCGGAGUUAUAUAUUUUGUCAAUUUUACACAUGUUAUUGUACUAUCUAAAAUGACUAUAUGUACAGUGAAGGUCAAAACUCGCUGCUGGAUUUAGUUAAAGAUGCUUGAAUGUUAACUGCUGCAUUGCUUCACGCCUCCGUCUUGUGUUGACCACACACACGUAGACUUAUUAACCAGUAUAUUCAUUACUUUCAUUAAUACUAGUUUAUCACAUGCAUAUUGUUUUUAUCACUAGUUCUCUUUCGCUCAGAGUUUUGUAAGAUUUCCAGGCUCGUGGCUCAAACAUCUCUCUAACUCCACUAUACCAUGUUACUAAAAACAGUUAAGAAAAUUGGGUUUUAAUUUUUAUUCUGCCAGGAGUAUUUCCACCUUUCACGCUCCACUAUGUGCCCAUUAAGUGCACUUACACGGUGAAUGCAGUGUGCUUUACUCUGUACUACAAAAGAAACCCCAGGGAUGUGCAAAACACUCCUUCAUGAGCACAUCAACAUUAUUGGGUGACUAUCACUGAUACCGUUUCCAGCAGGCCAUACUUCAUUAUUUCUGUCUAAGCCUUAUAGACCUGUGCGGUUUGAAGUUGUCUCCGAGACAUUUGGUUGUAGUUUGUGUACUGAAGAAAGGUCAAAAUAACAUUUAUUGGAGUGUUUAAUACGUAUUAUUAGCAUUUGUGAUUGUAUGAGUAAUUUGCCCAAAUAGGACAGAAUGUGUCUGGGCUUAAAGACAGAAGCACUACAUAUCUCAGGCAGAAAGAGCAAAUUAUAAGAACAAAGUUUGCUCGUGUUCGAUAGAAAUAUGCUAGAGUAUGGAGAGAAAAAAAAAGCUUCAUAUGCCCUGCUUGAUCAUGUAUUACAUCUCAGACAUGUACAGUUAUGGGAACAACAAUCAGAUUUCUUUGUUGUUGUCACGGAGGAAUCCAUUAUGUGUUUUAUUAAUAGUAUAUAUGAUGAUGUCAGUCAUAGUGUCUGUAUAUGAUAUAUGUAUAUGAUAUAACCAUUUGUAAGUUCACUAGCCCCUGGUCCUUUAACCUGAGCACACAUGAUCAAACUUGCUUUCUCUUGACGUAUUGUGGUAUUGUUACGGUGUGUAGUUUUUGUUGUCCGGUUCCUGUUGUUUUUGUAGAUGAAGUUAACAAACCUUUAACAGUGUUUUUUUUUUUUUUUUUGCCAUCAGACUCAUAGACACUGUCAUUAUUCUCAUCAUAUCCUCUAAGAGGCAGUAGAGAUCUGUUGUUUUUAAGCACUCCAUCGUAGGCGUUUUAUUUAGCCUAAUAUUUAAGCACAUUAAAUGUUACACAAGUACGCUGUUGAAAAAUACGGCCCGGUUGAAUGCAGUCAGGGUUUGACGCACAAAUUCCCUGUUACUAUGAUACAAAUACACGUCUAGGUGUGAUAUAGAGAAGUGUUGGAUUUGUUAUGCAAAUGACUAUUUGAUUGUGAUUUAUACAAAACUGUCUGAUGUCCUGUUACACCAAAUAUCACAGACCAGCCACCUAGUGUCAAGAAAUGUUCUUCCUUUCAAAAUACUCAGUGUACCAGCAUGCUCACCUUGAUAAGACGCAGAACUACAGACUUAAACUGACAGACAUUACAGUAUACUGUAAUAGCAUCCUCAACAACACCGACCCAGCUUACUGUCUAUAAUAUCAGCAAUACACCAGAUUGUUAGCAAAGGUGGUGUUUCAAGAUCUUUCAAAUAUUUUAUGUAAAUUGCACUAGACUACUGACAGUGUAUAGGAUGUAAAACCACAAUGUUGUAAUUGUAAAGGUUAAUGAGCUUAGAAUUAUCAUGUUGUUUUCUAUAUGCAGUUACGACAUUAUGGUUGUCCAUUAAAUUGUCAUAUGUCAAAACAAAAUAUAGAUUGUCACCAAAUAAGACUUCGCCAAAAGGAAAUUGAUUCAAUGCAUAUAUGGUUGACGCUUGGAGCACAAUUUAUUGACCAGUCUCCUUUAAUGUAAAAAGCGCAGACAAAUGCAAGUGUAUAAUUGGGGUGAAGUUACUUGCAUGUAAAGGAAGACCCACUUCAGCAGUUAUUCUAUAUGGUAAUAUUGGUGCUUGUUUUAUUUUUCCAGCAUUUUAUAUUGUUUUGUUAAAUCCUUGUGUGUAUUUUAUCUGGAAUAAUGUAAUAAAGAUAUUAAACUAUG